UCAUUUGGGCUUAAUUUAACGGGCUAGUAAAGUUGGGCCGGCUCAAUUAUUAGGCUCAGGCCUUUAUAUAUGUAACCGUGAGCAGUACAUAAAGGCCGAAGCUAGCUAGGGCUUGUGAUUUACAAAUCGUUUUCUCCUCUCAGGUAAUUUACGGAAUGGCGGGAGGUAACCUUUUGCACAGAGCUAUUUCGUACGUCAUCAAUCAGUUUGUUGUUGAAGGCCUGGCUAAUAGUCGUACAUUUCAGAGAUUUGCAGUUAGAACAGAGAAACAGCUUCAGGAACUAUCUGAGAAAGCUGUUGAGAAGAGACGAGAAGUGGUUGAGAUGAUGAAAGAUAUAUCAAAAGGCUCUCAGCCUCCUACUCGGUAAUGCACAUUUACUUUUGGAUGGCUCAUUCCUGGUUUAUAAUGACUAUGAUUUGUUACCUGUUGUAUAUCUUUUGGGAGCUGUCUGCCAAGUCAUUGUAAUCCAGUAUCAUCUUAUUACUUCUUUUAGAACUGAUCUAUGGUGUAGCAGGCAGUGUGAAAGUGAUAAAAUAUUGAAUAAGCAUAAACAGAAUUGUUGGCCUCUAGGAAUUUUUAUUUAUAUUAACUUUAUUGGAGUGCCUGUUCCUGGCAUGUUUUUCCAGUGUGUACUAGUCUAGUAGUAACUGCAUUCAAAAGCUAGUCUGUUGGACAUUUGAAGAUUGUGUAAGCAAUGAACAGGAAUGAUGCAUUCCUAAUGGAGUAUGCAAAGUUGUUUCUGCAGUUUUCGUAUCAUAAGCUUGUAAAAAUGGACUGCAUGAUUAUAUGAGUAUGCAAGGUCUUUAACUUUGUCUUUCA